CCCCAAGAUCCAUACUUUGCGAGACGCCUGCACUGGGCAUGGUGGGUUGGGCCAGAUGACCUCUGGAGACUCCUCCCAAGGAUUGCAACCCCGCCACUCUCCAGCCCAAGCCCAUUGGCACGACAAGAGUUAAGGUGGGGAGGCGAGGCGAGGCAUUGAUGGACGCUGGCUCCUCCUACCCGGACUGGGGUGAGCUGAGCCAGGGAGGCUGCCCGAAGCCGCAGCGUUAUAGCACUGGGGGCUGGACCAAGUCUUGCAGCAGAGUCUAAGGAGAGACAGAGAGGCGGCAGAAGCUGGCUUUGCCUUUCACAGGGAACUUCCCAGGGCACCCUGGCGGGUGACAUCGAGGCAGAGCCGACGGACUUGAGCGCCACCUGUUUCCCCCUCUCGCGUUCCGGGACCAUGCAGUCUCCCAAAAAGGGCCUGAUCUGUAACCUGAACCACGUCCACCUGCAGCAUGUCUCCUUGGGUCUCCAUUUGUCGCGCCAUCCGGAACUCCAAGAGGAUGCCAACACGCUGGCGCCCCCGAGAGACCGGGUGGGUUGCCAGGAUUGCCGCGGUCACGGCGGCAACACCCGCGAGCUGGUAGACGCCAACUCCAACAACCCGUCCCUGCCCUGCCGCUGCUGCGACGGCCACACGCUGCAUUCGGAUCUCAAGCGAGGCCUCCAAGGUCAGCCUCUCUCGCCCAACUGCCUGGCUCUGAAACGUGAGGAAGAAGAGGAGGAUGAAGAAGAAGAGGAAGAAGAGGAGGAGGAGGCAGGUUCGCCGUCGGAGCUGGGCUCCUCAUCAGUUAGCAGCUCCUCAGAUAUCAGCCUGGAUGAGAGCCCGGUUUCUGUAUACUGUAGAGAAUUUCCUGCUGAGGAGCCAAGGAGUCCUGAGAACCAGCCCAACAUUGUCCCCUUGGAAGAUGCUCGUGGCAUCCUUCCCCUGGCUGACCGCAAAGACGAAAGCUUGAACCUCAACACCCAGAUCAGCGAGCCUCGCCCGUCCCGUGUCUGGGACAGCCCCGACAGCUUGUGCAGUGGUAGCUCGCUGGGGUCCACGCCUGACAUGAAUUCUCCGUGUGGGGAAAGCCCGGUCAAGUCGCCCCUCGCUGAUUCCUGCAGGGCUCCCUUGCCUGUACCGCCCCCGACCCGUCCCUUCAGGGCUCCCCCAGCCGUGCCAGCCCCCAAAAUCAGCCCGGAGCUGGAUUCAAACUGCAAUGCUCUCCCGAGCCGGGAAGCAGAGCCCGGAAAGCUCUUAGUGGACGUCAACUCGAACCAGGCUGCUCCGCCGAGGCCUCGUGUUUCGAGCGGCCCUCCGCCGGUGCCCCCCAGAACGAAGAGGGGGCUUCAGGGGUUGAGGCGAGGCGAAGCAGGGAAGCCUGCAGUGGCCCCGGCAGACCUGCCGCCCUGCCACAGCGACCAACAGGCCGCGGGCAGCCGGAAGAACAUCACUUCCUUCCACGAGUUGGCACAGAAAAGGAAGAAGGCCGCAGCGUCGGUCGGGCCCCCACCUCAGACGAGGAAGGACCAGAGUGACUGGCUGAUCGUCUUCUCCCCUGACACCGAGCUGCCACCGUCGAAUGAGCUGACGUGUGGCGUGGCCCCUUGCCGGGAGACGCCCGGGCCCCCGACUCCACCCUCAGAGCCACCAGCCAACCCCGCCGGCCAAAGAGGGGUGACCACGUUCAAGGAAUUGCGCUGCCGGAAGCAGAAGGCCCAGGCGCCCGUGAAGAUGGGCACCCAAACCCCAUGGCAAGUGGAUCCCGGGAAGGGGGUCCCCGACGGGAGCGCUCCGCCGGAGGUUGUCGUGGAGCCACCACCAAGCGGGCCCUUCAGGCCCCCGAAGGAAAUCCCGCCCCGGAGGAGGAAAUCGCGCCCCGGGCUGCAGCCCAUUGUGGAGGGAGGCUUUGAAGAAGGAGAGGACGGAAGGAUGGAGGUGAAGGCGUCUGAUCGAAGCUCCGAGGGCCCAUCCAAUGGGAGGAGGGACCCCUGGAUGCCGGGGAAGGAGGAGAGAGGAGAAAGGAGUUUUGUGGAGGCUGACGCCCUCCUUGCCCGCUCCUCCAGGCCUCAGAAUCUGCCCUACCCACCUCUCCUGGUCCAUUUCUCUGUGGUGGACGGCCCGGCACCCCUGCACCCCUCACUCUGCACUGGCUUAGAGAGUGUGGAGCUGAGCUCCCCUGCCCCUCCUGCCCCGGCCUUCUGCCCCAGGCUCAAGACCUUGUCCUGCGAGGAGGUCUGCCUCCUAGCCGGGCGGCAGGGGCAGGUCUUGGGCACUCUCUCGCCCGAGGAGCUGCUCCCCAUCCGCCUCUCCCCCAUCGGGGCCUACUCCCCCCCUGCCAGGAGCGUCCUGCCUUUCCUGGAGAGCCCUGACCUGGCUGUGCUGUUCUCACCCCUCUUCCCCCGCAGCCGCACCUUCCCCGCCUUAGCUUUCCCACCCCGCCAGGUGCUCGAGCGGCCGUUUGGAGCCCGCCGCGCCCCCCUUGACAGCCAGGCUGGAGCAGGGCUCGGGAGAGUGCCCUGGGGCAGUAUGGAAGCCAGAGAGCCGGGAGCUCCCAAGCAACUCAGACAUUCCCACUCCUUUGGUGGGGUCCCAAAUACUGGCCAUCUGUGGGGGGCCGAUGCUGAUCGCGUCUAUGCCCAACUUCGAGAACAAAAGAAAGCUUUGCUCGUGGCAGUCAGUGCCUCCGUGGACAAGAUCGUCGCCCAUUUCAGCACAGCCCGGAACCUCGUUCAGAAGACCCAGCUGGGAGACAGCCGCCUCAGCCCAGACAUCGGCUACGUGGUCCUGACCACUCUGUGCCCUGCCCUGCGAGCCCUGGUGGGCGACGGCCUGAAGCCCUUUCAGAAAGAUGUCAUCACGGGCCAGAGACCCAGUUCCCCGUGGAGCGUUGUGGAAGCCUCAGCUAAGCCAGGUCCCCACGCUCGGUCGCUGAACGCCUUGUACUGGCGGGUAUCGCGCUUGGCUCCGCUUCGCAGCAACCAGCAGCGCUUCCACGCUUUCAUCCUGGGCCUCCUGAACAUGAAGCAGUUGGAGCAGUGGUUUGCCAACCUGCAGCGGAACUCAGAGCUGAUCUCGGCGCUGUACUUGCCCACCGCCUUCCUGGUACUCAGCCAAGGCUUCUGCCGCCGCUGGGCCGACGAACUCCUCCUGCUGCUCCAACCGCUCUCCAUGCUGACCUUCCAGCUGGACCUCCUCUUUGAGCACCAGCACCUGCCCCUCGACGUCCGGCCGCCACCCCGGCGUCCCACCCCACCGACUGAGCUGCUGGCCGGUACCCAAAAGGCUCGUGGAGGGAGCCGAGUCGCUUUGCCCAAACGCCCACCUCCUCUCGCCGGCCUGGCGGAAGGGCCCGUGGCCCAAUCCAGCCCGCUCCACGAGCCCCAGGCCGGGCCGCCUUUGCACCAGAGACUCCUGCGGUGGGGCGACCGGCUGAGCCACACCUUCCGAGGCGGCGAGGGAGCCCCCGGGGCGGAGGCUGGCGCUGAAGGGAGCUACCAGGAGAGCGAAGAGAAGCAACAAAGCUGGUGGGAGCAGCUGAGCCGGGCCUCGGGGGUCUACGGCGAGCCCCCGAAGCAGGAGGGCUUCCCUCACACCCACUGGUCCAAGCUGAGGGCGGCUCUGGGAGAAGCCGUGGAGGUGGCCCGCAGCGGGGCUGGAGAAGCUAGCGUGAGCCCCGACGUGCUGCCCCAAGCGCCCAGCCCCAGAGGAAGCAGCUCAGUGGAGAGCCCAAGGCAGGCACCCGCUGCCUGCGAAGAAGGCAGCUCACCCCUAGGGGAAGCUGCAGGGAAGCCAGAGGCGACCUGCUUGCCCGAUGCCCAGGAGGCAGCCGAAAAGCUUGAGGGCGCUGGAACUGCAAAGGGAAACUGGCUAGGGUGGCUCUUCGGAGCAGCCGCUCCAGGAUGCGCCAACGAGGCCGAUUCUCACCUGUCGAAAUCCAGCAGGCGCCCGUCGAGCUGGUUGCCGCCCACCAUGAACAUCCUGGCUCUGGUGAUGAAGGGGGCACCGGCUGAGAAGAGCUGGCCAGAGGAAUCAUGGGAAGACGUCCCACCAAGCCCACAACAGCCAUACAGGGCCGUUCGCGCUCUCUGCGACCACGCCGGGAGCCGGGACGACCACCUCAGCUUCCGCAAAGGCGACGUCUUGCGGGUCCUGGACACGGUGGACGAAGACUGGAUCCAGUGUUGCCACGGAGACCGCCGAGGCCUAGUCCCCGUCGGCUACACCUCUCUCAUCCUGUGAACUGCGCAGGGAGGUGGCAAGGCUGCGGCUGUUGUGGGGGGAAGUGGGGCACACCAGAGGAUCACCCCACUCCUGCCUACACACAAACACACUUUAUAAACGCACCGCUGAAGGAAUUUCAACAAAAUGACAUGGACACUAAGAACCUGAGGGUGCCUACUUCCCCUCACCCAGAUUGCACCCUGGUUUAUCCUCAUGAACCCCAAACCGAUGUCUCUGUUCUUCCCCCCUCCCCUCCGGCUGCGGGUGCAAAUUCUGCCGCAGGGGGUUGGCAGAGCUCCCACCGCCUCACCGUUUCCUUCUUUCGAACUCUUCUCCUGCCUCUCGCCUGACUUAGCCAACUGCCCUUCUGCUCUUCCCACCCCCCGAAUCACACGUUUAACCGCUUGUGCUUGCUGCUUUCCACGAUCGUGUAACACACACACACACUGUCGGCCAAACUAUGGUUCUCAUCUGUAUAUUGCAUAUAUCUGUGUAGAUAUACAUACAUAUAUAUAUAUAUAUAAUAUUA